ACAUGUUCAGCUCCCAGUCUCUCUCGAUGAUGCAACAUCAACACAACACAAGAAAUCACAACAGAAGAAAAUAAUGCGAGUUUCAUCAUUUUCGCGCAAGUUUUGCAUCAAAAAAGAAGUCAUUAGGAACUAAGUUUAUCGUUUGAAAGCUUCAUGUCUUACUUGCAAGAUCAGGAAGAACUAAUAGAACGCUGGAAGAGAGAGCAAUUGACACUGAAAGAGAAACUCGUAACUAUAGACAAAGUGAAAUGGAAAUUAAAGCUAGAUGAUGAUGAUAACGAUGACAAUGAUGAAAGACUCACUCUGAUUGGUGGAGUUGACAUUUCAUUUCCCAAGGGAGAUGACGUACAUGCAUGUGCAUGUCUAGUCAUUAUUUCAUAUCCUGGACUGGAGGUUGUAUAUGAAGACCUUGCUAUGGUUCACUUGACCUCACCGUAUGUCCCAGAAUUCCUUGCAUUCAGAGAGGUGGAGUUCUUGGUUGAAAGCAUCAAGAGACUUCAACAGAGAAAACCAGACAUGAUGCCCCAGGUUAUCAUGGUUGAUGGAAAUGGAAUCCUUCACCCUAGAGGUUUUGGCAUAGCUUCUCAUCUUGGUGUCAUAACUGAUAUUCCAACAAUCGGAGUCGCAAAGAACUUAUUCCAUGUGGAUGGAAUAGAAAAAGGAGAAGAGCACACAAAGCAGAUUUCCUGUCUUCUUCAAGACAAGGGCAAUAGCUUCCCUCUGGUUGGAAAAUCUGGAACAACAUGGGGGAUGGCCUUGCGUAGCAGUAAAAAGUCCACCACGACCCCUGUCUGUAAGCCCAUCUAUGUGUCUGUUGGUCACAAAGUCAGUCUAGAUACGGCAGUCAAACUGGUUGAUGCAUGCUGCCGAUACAGGAUUCCAGAACCUACCAGGCAGGCUGAUAUGCGAUCUAGGGAAUUCUUACGUCAACAUUAUGAAAAGGAACUUAAGAAGUGUGGCUGUCAAAAUGAGGAAUGUACCUGUACAAGUGACGAUAAAACACCGGAGAGCGCAGAGAGCACCACAGACGACAAAACAAGACUUGAGCCAGUGACAGAAAGAAUAAAGGAAAUACAACUAAACAUUUGAAUAGACAACAGCAGUGACUGGAUAAAACUGAAUAUAGGAAUAUGUAAUAAAUUUAGAAUUUGAUUUUUUUAUGUGUAAAUAAAUUGAUGUUUUCAUGUUU